AUGAGGAGUUCUUUUGUACGUAAUGGAUAUUCCUGUGUGCCGGUGGCGCUGGCCGACGGACUGGACAUCAAACUGAAUGCCGCCGUCAAAAAGGUGGAGUACAGUCAACGAGGCGUCGAAGUCACCGUCUGCAACAGCAAGAAUCCCCAAGUCCUCAACACCUACCAUGCCGACGUCGUCCUCUGCACUCUGCCAUUGGGAGUACUCAAGCUGGCAGCGGCCUCACCGAACGUUCAGAUGAAUACCGUCCAGUUUUCGCCGCCGCUUCCGGAUUGGAAGACCUCAGCCAUCCAGAGGUUAGGUUUUGGGAAUCUGAAUAAGGUGGUGCUGUGCUUCGAGAAGAUCUUCUGGAAUCCUCAAGCGAAUCUCUUCGGACACGUCGGAAGCACAACGGCUAGCAGAGGAGAGCUUUUCCUCUUCUGGAAUUUGUACAAAGCUCCGGUUCUUCUGGCUCUUGUCGCUGGAGAAGCUGCUGCUAUUAUGGAAAACGUCACAGACGAUGUCAUCGUCGGACGGUGUAUUGCGGUCCUAAGAGGAAUAUUUGGUCAAUCCGGAGUACCUCAACCAAAAGAGACGAUAGUGACCCGAUGGAGAGCAGAUCCUUGGUCCAGAGGAUCUUACAGUUUCGUGGCUGUGGGUAGUUCUGGAAGCGAUUACGACCUUCUCGCCUCACCAGUUCUUCCGCCCACCGCAUCAGGGGCGGCCGCGACCUCCGGUCCAGCACGCGUCUUCUUCGCCGGAGAACACACCAUCAGGAAUUACCCAGCAACAGUUCAUGGCGCCUUCCUCAGCGGUCUUCGAGAAGCGAGUCGCAUCGCAGAUCAAAUCAUAGGCAAUCCGUGUCUACCAGCACCCAUCGAUUAAACCCAACAGUUUCCUUCCGACUUUUACCCACGUUCCAAUUGAAGUUGAUGAUGAUCCUCAUGACGAUGAUGAUGAUGAUGAUAAUAAUAAUAAUUCGAUUUGGGCGAACAAUGGCUCGGCGAUUCCUCUUCUCUCGCUAUUUUAAAACAACGGGAAUCCGUCGAGCACAUGAAUCAAAACCUUUCAAUAUGCUAAUGCGGACCCGGGCCAAACGCCAUCAAUCAUCAGCGACACUGACAUGACAAAUCACCGGUGCCGGGCCACUUCUUCGUUCCUCUCUCGCGCGCCAUUUCUCACAGCGAAAUUACGAAAUUACGAAUGACAACACGAACCUCCACCAUAUCGCAUUUGGAAUUAAUCCACACCCUUCUUCUUUUGCUUUUACUUUUGACUUAUCCUCUUUGUUAUUUCUGUUGCUCUUGAUCUUUGAUAUGUGGGUGGGGGGGGGAGGUAAACCAAAUAUUUUCGGGAGCGUCGAGCUUGUUGCUGUUGCAAACGGGUUCCUUCCUUCCAUCAUUCCUUCGUUUCGUCCGAUCGUUCGCUCUCGAAAAGGAUGGAGGAAAGCGCUCCCCGAAGAACAAGUUCCACAAAACCAAUCCGUCAACGAGAAAUAAUGAAACGUCAGCCGUUAUAGCACACAACGGCAUACUAAUGAGCUAUGCGCGCCGCAGAGAGCGAAAUUAAAAAAUAAAAAUCGUAAAAUAAAUAAGAAAAUUAAACGAAAAAUUUCGAAAAUGUUUCUACCUUUUCGACCGAAAACGCUUAUUUGCAGACACAUAAAUUGACAAUUUUGUACAGUAAAUAAAUAUUAAAUUUAAUAUUUGUUUUUACAAAAAUUGACAUACCAAAAGGACAAUUCUAAUAAUUCUUUGAAAAUUGA